UAUUGCGGGGCUCUGGUCUUUCCCUUUUGGGGGAUCCUGACCACUUUUAAGGGCUGGAAGCUGUGAGGGCAGCAUCUCUGCAUGGAGGCUCCUUCCUUUGGGAUGUGGGCUGUUUGUUUUUGGAAUGGGGUCAUUGAUUUCUUCUUUACUGCUGGAUUGUAAUUUCACUUUCUGGGGGCUCCUGACCACAUUUAAGGUCUGUCAGCAGAAGGAGCAGCAACUGCACCUGGAGAUUGCUUCCUUUAGAGCGUGGGGUGAACCCUUGAAACUGGGACUGUGACCUUUCCUGUUUUUGGGGCAUCCUGACCACAUUGAAAUGCUGGCAGGUGUAAGGGCAGCAUUGAUCUCUGGAGACUGUCUCCUGUGGAGCAGGGGGCUGUUAUGCACUGCUUCCAACCAUGCAGAGUUGUUUAAGGGCGUUCUGUGCACCCUUAGGUGUAAUAAAUCUUCGUCUUUAUAGAAAGCCAAGGAUUGUCCUCUUCUGGACUGCUGUACUCAGUAUCACCCCAGUGUGAUGAAGUGAAGCCCCUGCUCUGCUGAAUACUGGGACUGGCCCAGAGAGGCUCUGAUGGAUAUGGAUUAUCCUAGCCAGAGUACUUGGUACCAUUGGUGGUGAUCUCGUCCAACUGCCACACAAUGAACAGGAACAUCCACAGCCAGGGACUUCACCUGACUGCCUCGACUUCUCAAAUACCACUGAGAGUGGCUCGGUGACUGCAGCGGUGAAUUCCCUCAGGGCUCUGGGACUCGUCUCAUCAGGACCCAAAGACUCCUGGAUGUCAGGUUCUCAGGUGGCUGCGGAGUUGCAGCGCUCCCGAGUGCCGUAACGACUGCAUGGAGAUGCGUGGCUCUUCAUGGGAACAGCAAGGAACCGGAAUCUGCAUUUCCUGGAAUGCCCCAGAGCCUCGCUUUGCUGGCUGGUAAUUGUCUGCCCAGCAGGUGGCAGCAGAGCUGCGUUGCUCCUGAGCACUUUAAGGACAGCACGGAGAUGCGCGGCUCUUCAUGGCAGCAGCAGAAACUGGAAUCUGCAUUUCCUGGAAUGCCCCGGAACCUCGCUUUGCUGGCCGGUAAUUGUCUGCCCAGCAGGUAAGGGCAGUGCUCACCCACCAUUGUAUACUCAUUACUUACUGAGGCACAAGGUAGGGUUCCCAGAGCUCAUUUCUGCACUUCAUGGUGCCCUGAAUGCUGUCUGUCCUUUUCUUUCCGUGUUCUCCUCACCUCCAGCCUUUCUCUGCUGUGUUCUCCUUGCCCUCGCUGUUCCCUACUGCGUUCUCUUGCCCUCCUGUUUUGGCGUUUCCUGUGGCAUUCUCUUGGCCAUUUGCCCUUGGCCACCUUUGCUGCGUUCUCUUUGGCCUUUGGUUCUGGCCAUCUGUGCCACAUUCCCUUGGCCUUUGUCCUUGGCCUUCUUUGCCACGUUCCCUUUGCCUUCUGUUCUGGCAUUCCCUACAACAUUCUCUUUGGCCUUCAGUUUUGGCGCUCCUGGCUGCGUUCUCUUUGGCCAUUGCCCUCAGCCUUCUUUGCCACAUUCCCUUUGGCCUCUUGUUUUGGCAUCCCUUAUGGCGUUCUCUUUGGCCUUUGGUUUUGGCGUUCCCUUCCAUGUUCUCUUUGGCCAUUGCCCUUGGCCUUCUGCGUUGGCCUUCCAUGCAGCGUUCUCAUGGACCUUGCCCUCCAUUUUGGCCUUCCCUGAUUUGUUUUCUUUUGUCUCUGUUUUGGCGUUCUCUGCGGCCUUCUCCUCAGGCCUGGCCUGUGACGAGGCUUUCUCUUCAGUGCUCUCCCUGCCUUUGCCUUCCCUUUGCCUUUGACGUUGCCUUCCCUUGGGUGUCGUCCAUGCCUUUGCCCUCCGUUUUGGCGUUCCCUCAGCUGUUCUCCUUGCCUUUUGCUCUUACCUUUGCCUUGGCCUUCCCUAUCGCUCACUCUGAGCACGAUCCUAAUAACCCUAACCUCAAUACUUUCUCCCCAACCCUAAGCUCUGAACCCCAAAUGUAGUGUGAAUUGCAGCCAUGACUGUAUAGAUACCUGUGCAAAUUAACCCUGCACCUUCCAUAGUGCUUUCAAUUGGGCACUGAACCCCUCUGUAACCUUCUGUGUAAUACUAACAAAAACCCCACAGCUUCCCUGUUAAAUACUCCUAACCUUACUCUGAAGCCAUUUCUUGGAGCCGUGUUUGGCUUCCAUGU